AAAAUGGAUGGAUUAAAAUACCUUAUUUUUCUACUGAUGAUAAACGGGGCUUACAUGGCUCAAAAUUCCUAUGAAGCCCGGCUGCUGUCCAUCAAUUCAUCAGCCAACUCGGUUUGGAAUCUGGACAAUGUUCGACUUUUGGGCCGAGAACACCGAAUGAAUGGAUCUGCGGCUCUCCUGGACGAUAUGAGCAAUGAAUUCUAUACAUUCUCAGCCGAAUGCUAUCACGACGCGGAUGGCAGUGGAAAUUAUAAACGGAUGCCGUUCUUCGUCACAAAGGAGCCCAUUUGCAAGGUGAUGAAGACCAUGCUGGAAUACCUCGAGCCCAGUGUGGUUGUUGGGGUUAAUACGGAUUUUCCCAUCAAUGAUAUUCCAUGUCCUGUUCCAAAGGGACAGUACUGGAUCAAGGACAUCGAACUGAACACGGACAAUUGGCCGACUAUAACUCCCAGAGGAUAUUUCAGAGGUAUCGGGUAUAUAUACAAAAAUGGAUUAACUCUCGCCGGGACAGUGGAAAUCGUUUGUGAAAUUAAAGAUCGUCCAAAAUAGUGAUUUCUACAUAAAAUAUUCUUAAAAUCUUGUAAAAGAAAUAAAGAAUUUUUGGUGAACUAUUUGGUCCAUA